CUAGCACUGAUGGCUGGAGCUCUCACACAGGCAAAGGGAAGGUCAGGGUCUGGGUGCACACUGCAGGGAACCCCCAGGCCUGCUUCAGUCUCCGAACCUGGGGACUUUGUGAUCGGAGGCGUUUUUACCAUCCACUACAAAUUGAUCACCGCUGAGCAUAACUACACCAGCCGACCCAAAGCGCCGCAGUGUACGGGGAGGUUGGAUUUCCGGCAAAUGCGCUUUGCUAGAACCAUGGUUUUUGCCAUCAAGGAGAUCAACAACAGCUCAGAGCUCCUGCCAGGUGUAACUCUGGGCUACCAGAUCCAUGACUCCUGUGCCUCUGUGCCAGUGGCUGUGAAGGUGGCAUUCCAGCUGGCCAAUGGCAUUGAGCCAGUUUUCUUUCCCACCCAGUCCUGCUCAAAGUCUGCCACUGUGCAUGCUGUUGUGGGCGACUCUGGCUCCACUCCUUCCAUCGCCAUGUCCAGAAUUCUCGGACCCUUCGGCAUCCCCCAGGUGAGCUAUUUUGCCACCUGUGCCUGUCUUAGUGACAAGCUACAGUUCCCCACCUUCUCCAGGACCAUCCCCAGUGACUACUACCAGGCAGCUGCCCUGGCUAGACUAGUCAAGCAUUUUGGCUGGACAUGGAUUGGAGCGGUGCGGAGUGACUCAGACUAUGGUAACAAUGGGAUGGCCGCCUUCCUGCAGGCUGCACAGGCAGAGGGCAUCUGCGUGGAGUACUCAGAGGCACUCUACAGGACAAACCCUCGCGCAAAAGUGCAACACGUGGCAGAGGUCAUCAGCAGGUCCACGGCCCGCGUCGUUGUGGCGUUCAUUGCCUCGGGCGACAUGCUGGUCUUGCUGUCAGAGCUGGAAGGCAGGCUGAUGACCCCGCUACAGUGGAUUGGGAGUGAGGACUGGGUCACUGACCGCAUGAUGUUGCAGUUUCGUCUGUUUAGCGGUGCCAUCGGCUUUGGCAUCCCCCGCUCAGUCAUUCCAGGGCUGCGGGACUUCCUCUUGGACCUGGGGCCGGCACAGGUUUCCCACUCACCGCUCCUCACAGAGUUCUGGGAGAGCGCUUUUGGCUGCAGCCUGGGGGGAAGUCAGACUGUAGCGGGUCAGAAAACAUGCGAUGGAAACCAGAAUCUGCGAGAUCUGCAGAACCCCUACACAGACACGUCCCAGUUGCGCAUCUCUAACAUGGUAUACAAGGCUGUGUAUGCAAUAGCCCAUGCCAUACACAGCGUCAUCUGCACAGAUGAACCUAACGCUCCACUCCAUUGCAACACAAGUAUCCGAGUUGAGCCACUGCAGGUCAUGGAGCACCUGAGAAAAGUUAACUUCUCCAGGAAUGGGUACGCAGUCUCAUUUGAUGCCAAUGGGGAUCCAGUGGCCACUUAUGAGCUGGUGAACUGGCAGGUGACGAGGGAUGGGAACAUGGAGUUUAUGACUGUGGGCCACUAUGAUGCAUCUGCCCGAGAUGGACAGGUUUUCAUCAUUAAGAAGAACAUUACCUGGGCAGGCAGCCAGCUGCAGGUGCCUGUGUCAGUGUGCAGUGACAGCUGUCUCCCAGGCACUCGGAAGGCCAUGCUGAAAGGAAGGCCUGUUUGCUGCUACAACUGUGUGCCCUGCGCUGAGGGAGAAAUCAGCAAUGCUACAGAUUCCCUGAACUGCAUCACUUGUCCAGCUGAUUACUGGUCGAAUGCCGAGAAGGAUGAAUGUUUACCCAAACCUGUUGAAUUCUUGUCCUUCCAUGAGAUUCUGGGGAUCAUCCUUGCAGCUUGUUCUGUAACUGGGGCCUGCUUGGCCACCAUGGUGGCUGCCGUGUUUUACAGACACAGGGACACUCCCAUUGUGAAAGCCAACAACUCAGAGCUGAGUUUCUUGCUGCUCUUUUCCUUGAAACUGUGUUUCCUUUGCUCUCUUACCUUCAUCGGCCGGCCCUCUGAGUGGUCCUGUAUGCUGCGCCACACUGCGUUUGGGAUCACCUUUGUUCUCUGCAUCUCCUGUGUUCUGGGAAAAACAAUAGUGGUGUUAAUGGCUUUCAGGGCUACACUUCCAGGCAGUACUGUGAUGAAGUGGUUUGGGCCUCUGCAGCAGAGACUGAGUGUUGUUGCUUUCACUCUCAUACAGGUACUUAUUUGUGUGCUUUGGUUAACAAUAUCCCCUCCUUUCCCCUACAAGAACAUGAAGCACUACAAAGAAAAGAUCAUUCUAGAAUGUGAUGUAGGAUCAGCAGUGGGGUUCUGGGCUGUACUGGGUUAUAUUGGGCUCCUCUCUGUAUUGUGCUUUGCUUUAGCUUUUCUGGCUCGUAAGCUGCCAGACAACUUCAAUGAAGCCAAAUUCAUCACAUUCAGCAUGCUCAUAUUCUGUGCAGUCUGGAUCACCUUUAUACCAGCUUAUGUCAGUUCACCUGGAAAGUUCACUGUAGCUGUGGAGAUCUUUGCAAUUUUAGCUUCCAGCUUUGGUUUGAUCAUUUGCAUUUUUGUCCCUAAAUGUUUCAUAAUAUUGUUUCGGCCGGAGCAAAAUACCAAAAAGCACAUGAUGGGGAAAAUGCCAUCACAAUCUCUCUGAAGCACACAAAGAUUCAGUAAUAUUGAUGGAUGAUUGUAUUGUUAUGUUUGUUUUAUUAUUCUGCUACUGUAUAUUUUUUAAAGAGAAAAACACACAUAUCUGUAAAUAUCUCUGUGGACCAUAUUUGUACCUCUAAUAUUAACUUAGCUGGAGCCAUAGACAAUUGGGGAUUUCAUACCACCAAUAAAAGAUUGAUGAAUCAGAGUGAUUGUGUUUUCUGAAUUUUCUGUAAAUUGCUCAAUUGUUCAGUCUGCCUGCAGAGGGCAUGUGCUGGAGGCAGGCAGAGUCAGUCCUACUCCUUUGGGUGCUGCAGAGGGAGCGUGGUGUAGGGGUGAAGUCUGCUGCCAGCCUAACAAUAUACAUCAUCAUCGUGCUUGUUUUUCAGGGCUGGGAGGGCAUAGCUGUUUUUGGUUUUCUCUUUCCGUAAUCAUUUGCUUUAAAAGUCCUGUGUGAAUAUGACUUUAGCAAAGGACUCCCACAGAUAUUUAGCAGAUUGCUCUCAGGGAUUCAGAGAAACACAGCAUGAUCACAUGCUGUUUAUUGUUUAUCUACCAGCUGUUCUCCAUCUAACAGAACGGGUGUAUAGGGCUUACGUAGAUUUCUGAGCAUAAAAUUAGCACCUUCCACAUGAUUGAUUUGGAAAUUACAUUAAACUCUGUGAGUAAAAUCAAACAAUUUUCUACUGUUACCUCCACAGCCAGUGGAAGUUCAUUGAGUUUCAUGAGACUGACUUAGCUCUGCAGUUCACACAAGUAAAUCUCUCUGCUUCAGAUCCUAAUUAGAAACACAUCAUUUGCCACUUUUGUCAGCAUGAAACACUCUUCACUACAACAAUCCAGUUAAAGUGAUAAUGUGGAACACAAGUGGUAACAAGUAGAGGCACUUCAAAGGGUUCUUUGAGACAAUAUAUUUUUGGGGGGUUGUGGUAUGCCAAACAUACUGUUCUUAAUGAAAUUUCCUGCUAAUGACCUAGAUUGAUAUUAGUAUUCAAUUUAUUUUCUAAUAUAUUUUGCCUUGAAUCGGGCAUGGGCUUCACUGUCAAGAAGUAUGCACUUCUGACUCCAGUUGCCCCUAUUUGUCUUCCCCUUAGAUUUUAAAACCAACAUUCCCUAAGCCACUGUUCCUCAGCAAGUUCAGAAGUCUAAAUCGCUUAAAAUACCCUGCCAAACAUGCCCCACCAACCACCAUUCAACCAUACAGAAUAUUAAUGGGGCAAACAUAUGUCUGGAUAGGUUUGUAAGAAUUUAUUCAAUAUGCCUCAAUUUGUAUCUCUGUUUAUAUAUUUAUUUGAUGCUUUCUGUAAAGUGAAUGAUUGCAUGUUUCUUGAUAUCAAUGUCUGUUUGUAAAUGUGAUUG